GAUUUUUGACUUGCCUUGUUCUUAUAAAAUCAAGGUGAGGGUGACUUUUGCAAAGGUAAACUUUCUUUUCGCUUUGUAUACAACUGGAGAAUGACUACACGGACGACUCUGGAGAUGCUGGAGCAACCGCGCCGUCGGUCUGUUGUUCCUGGUGCUGAGUUACAGGCGCCGACUCCUGCUACGAUCUCAGCUGGCUCGUCCUACUUUCCAGACUUAGAGAGCAAAAGAGUGAAUUGGCAUGAUUUGCCUGACGUCUCUUCGUUUCCAUCUACACCUAUUGGAGCACAAACGCCUGCGGGAGCAUCUACACCAGGUUGGACGACUCCGGGAAAUGCGACACCAGGAUGGCAGACUCCAGCUGGAGCAUCAACACCAGGAUGGGCAACACCAAAGUCAACUCAAGCUCGCCCUUUGCUGUUAGAAACAGCCUAUCCGGAUAUUGGUACUAUUUACUCUUGGAGAGGCUUUAUGAUUCUACUCAUCACAUGUGGCUCUCAGCUUAUGGAUAAUAUCUUCAUGACUGCUGUUAAUCUGUCUCUUCCAUCCGUGCAGGCAGAGUUUAAUGUCUCCAAUGGAGAUCUCCAAUGGCUUCUCUCCGCUUACACACUUACUUUUGGAGGAUUCUUGCUCUUCUCUGGCGUACUGGCAGAUCGUUACGGCAAAAGGCAGGUCUUCUCCAUUGGCAUGGGUGUGCUAUCUGUCUGGACUCUUGCCAACGGCUUUGGCAAUUCUUUCAUCCAAUUAGCAAUCUUCCGAGCUCUGCAGGGUGUUGGUGCUGCAAUGACCGUUCCAUCCUCAAUCGGCAUCAUCAGUUCUCAUUUUGUCGCCAGCGAGCGUAUAGUCGCCUUGACCAUGUUUGGAGCUUCUGGUGCAGUGGGCUUCUGCGCAGGCCUCAUCUUCGGCGGCUUUGUAACCGACUCUCUAGGCUGGCGCUACAUCUUCCGCAUCGCCGUUACCGUAACCGGACCACUAGGCAUCAUGGGCUGGCUCCUCCUCCCAAAAGACCGCAAAGAAGGCACAGCACGACCAAAGCUAGAUUUUGUAGGUGCCGGUCUCUGCACAGGCGGUUUAAUCCUCCUCUCCUUCGUCCUAUCCAGCGGCGGCGAGUACGGCUGGAGCAAAGCCUUUAUAAUCGCCCUCCUCAUAAUUUCCGUCAUCAUGAUCUGCGUCUUUGCCUAUGUGGAGAAGAAAGUCAGCAACCCCAUCAUGCCCCUCUCACUCUGGAAGAUCAAAAACUUUGCUCCCCUCUGGAUAGCAGGAUUUGUGCUCUACGGAAGCUAUCAAACCGUAAUCUACUACGUCGUGCUACAAGCACAGCAAGUAGCCAAACUUUCUGCCGGCGCAACAGCACUGCGCUUUUUACCCAUGGGAGCUGCGGGAUUCACCACAAACAUGGUUUUGGCAAAGUGGAUGAAGUAUAUGAAUAUGCGAUAUCUGAUGCUGCUGGGAAUGUUGAUUACAACACUCUCACCCAUCCCGGCGUCUUUGAUGCCAGCUUCCGACCCCAAUUUCUGGAGAUACAUCUUGCCUACAUCCAUCAUGGUUGUGACAGGCGUUAGUAUCUGUUACAUUUGCAUCACAAACAUCAUGCUAAGCUCCGUGCCGGCGAAUGUAAAGAGUCUAUGUGGUGGUUUGGUCAACACGGCAUUCCAGAUCGGCAGUGGUGUUAGCCUUGCACUAGCUGCUGCUGUCGUAGAUGCAGUAGAUGGGAAGAAGGGCCAUGACGAGAGUAAGCAGUACCAAACUGGUUUAUACUGUUGUAUCGGCUUGUCAGGACUAGGACUUGUGGUUUCUGUGUUUGGAUUACGUGGGUUGGAUGGAAAUGCUGGUGGUGCUCAGGUGCAUUAGUGUUGCUGUUCCCCCUAUUGCGCACAUGCGGUUAAUGACAUUGCAACUUUCAUGAAAUAUAUAUAAUAUAUAGACUGACAGAGUAUAGAAGUUAGAC